AAAACCACGAACACUAAACAUUGGGAUGGAAAGUUGAAAAAUGGACUUCCUCGGAGUUACAGCCUUGCUACUGUCAGCAUGUGUGAUUUUCCUGCUCUUUAAUUUAAUACAAGGCAGGAAAGAGAACAAGAUAAGGCUGCCCCCUGGCCCCACUCCUCUACCUCUUUUGGGGAAUAUAUUACAGCUCAGUGGAAAAGAGGCAUUCAAAUCCUUUAUUAGGCUUGCCGAGCAGUAUGGUCCGGUAUAUACCGUUUACAUGGGGAUGGAGCGCGUUGUGGUGCUCUGUGGCUAUGACGUGGUGAAAUCAGCUCUUAUUGACAAUGGAGACGUAUUUAGUGGCCGGGGGCACAUGCCACUGCUAGACAAGAUGAGCUCUGGAGGUCAUGGCAUCAUUAACAGUAACGGUGAGCGCUGGAAACAGCUGCGGCGAUUCUCUCUGAUGACGAUGAGAAACUUUGGGAUGGGGAAGAGGAGCAUUGAGGAGAGGAUCCAGGAAGAAGCGUAUUUUCUUACUGAGGAAUUACGAAAGACCAAGGGUCAACCCCUGGAUCCCAUCUUCUAUUUCAGCAAAGCUGUGUCUAAUGUCAUUUGUUCAGUGGUUUUUGGAAAUCGGUUUGAAUAUGAAGACAAGAAUUUUCUUAUACUUUUAGGUCUAAUAAAUAACAUACUUAGAGGAAUCAGCUCUGUUUGGGGACAGUUGUAUAAUGUGUAUCCAAAAAUAAUGAGGGCAUUCCCAGGACCCCACCAGACCUUUUGCAAAUCAAUUGAUGGGCUUCAGGAAUUUAUUGUUGAAAGAGUCAAAAUGCACCAAGAGACCCUGGACCCAAACUCCUCCAGAGACUUUAUCGACACCUUCCUCAUGAAGAUGGAACAGGAGAAGACAAUACCCAACUCUGAGUUUCAUAUGGACGCUCUUGUUAACACCACACUAGAUAUGUUUGCAGCCGGCACAGAAACAGUCAGUACUACCCUACGGUACGGCCUGAUGAUCCUUCUCAAGCACCCAGAUGUGGAAGAUCGGGUUCACGAGGAGAUUGACCAAGUCAUUGGCAGAAUCAGAGCCCCAUGUAUCGAAGACCGUUCACGUAUGCCGUACACAGAUGCAGUCAUUCAUGAGAUCCAGAGAUACAUUGACCUCUUACCUUUGGGAGUUCCUCAUAAAGUCACACGAGACAUUGAAUUUAUGGACUAUGUUAUUCCAAAGGAUACCACUGUCUAUCCAUUGCUUAGCUCAGUCCUGCAGGACCCCAAGCAGUUUAAAUAUCCACAUGAAUUCAACCCGGGCCAUUUCCUGGAUAACGAGGGGAAAUUCUUCAAAAAUGAUGCCUUCAUGCCAUUUUCCUCAGGAAAGCGGAUUUGUCUUGGAGAGGGCUUGGCUCGAAUGGAACUCUUUUUAUUUUUUACCACCAUCCUACAGAGCUUCACCAUGAGCUCCCCUGUGGCUAUGGAAGAUAUUGACCUCACCCCAGAACUGAGUGGAUUUGGGAACUGUCCCCGCGCCUACCAACUGUCCCUCAUUGCGCGCUAAAUGUGUUUGUAAAUUACUUUUUAGCAUUUCCUUUUCAAGUUGUUUCACUAAAACAUUUAACUGAGCACGUGUAUUAUAACAACGGUAGUAGAUACAUGGAAUGGUCUCUCAUUAUUUAAAGAAGCUCGGGGAUACACCAGGUGUAAUGUAUGUAUUAGAAUACUUGUCUCACAUGACCCUUCAUAGAAAUAAACUAAUAGAUAAGAAGA